AUGUCGAACCCACUUGCCCACGCCAAGAUUGCCCUCCGCCGUUCCAGCGAACGUGGAUACGCUGAACACGGCGGCUGGCUCAAAUCAUUCCACACCUUCAGUUUCGCCAGCUACUACGACCACAAAUUCCAAAACUUCGGCAGCCUCCGAGUCCUCAACGAGGACCGCGUCGCAGCUCGCAAUGGAUUCCCAACCCAUCCCCACCGCGACGCAGAGAUCUUCAGCUACAUCCUAAGUGGCGAGCUCACACACCGAGACAGCAUGAUCAAGAAAGGUUCCGAAGGCGAACAAGGAAAGCAAUUCUACCGAAUGAAGCGGGGAGAUGUACAAUUCACAACCGGUGGAACGGGAAUUGCACACUCGGAACAGAAUGAGUCUAACAAGUCUGUGCACUUCCUUCAGAUUUGGGCUUUGCCCUGGAAGCAUGGACUCAAGCCUCAGUACCAUACUAUGGCUUUUAGUGAGGAGGCGAAGCGCAAGGCUUUCGUUCCGAUUUUGUCUCCGCUUGCUGCGGGCCCGGAAGCUACGCCUGCGCAGGAAAAUGCUGCUGAGCCUGUUCUUCCUGGGACGAUUCCCAUCCAUGCGGAUUUUGUUAUGGGGGCGGGAAUCAUUGCUCCGGCUUCGACUUUUAAGUGGACUGUUGGCGCUGAGGCUGUUGAGUCUAAGAAGAAGCGCAAUGUUUACAUUCACUUGCCUAUGACCAAGCAGGGAAUGUCCAAGAUCAAAAUCGAUGGUCGGGAAGACGCUGUCCUUGAAGAGGGUGAUGGUGCUUUCAUCACCAUGGUGAAUUCUGGGGAUGCACUCCGUGUGGAGAGUGUUGGAGAGGUGGAAGCAGAGGUCAUUGUGCUGGAUAGCAACUGA